UAUACAGAUACCCGAAAACAUUUCAAAUUUCAUUCACACUGAUCGGGCUUAGCAUUUUCUUCUCGAAACCUCUAUACGACAUCUUCGUCCGAGAGAGAGACGAGCCUGAUUACAGUGAACAACCCACCACUUUUUCUAAACGCAGAGAUUAUGGAAUCAGUAAAAAAAGCUAAAGACCGAUUCGCAAAAUACCCUCUUGUUUACGCUAAAUGCGCUAAACAAGGUACUCUAUAUGCUAGAUGUGUUUUAUUGCGGGAAGAUUCGAUAAAGAAGGACGAUUGUGCGAAAGAAUUCCAAGAAUUCAACGCUUGCUUACAAUCCGCCACAAAAGAACUAAAAACUAAACUUUAAAAUGGAGAAAUUAGCUAAGUUCCUGAA